CUGUUAUAAGCGAGAGCGCCGCACGCGCCGGUGACAGCGUGAGCAGCGCUUCUGAACAACGCACCAGCGUGCAAGUGCGCCACGGCUGCGACGGACCGGCACGGGACACCCGAUCGAAUCGCACGACGAGUCGAUCGACAAUUUUUAUCGCCGACAACAUUACUUUCAAAAGCUACCGAAAUGUUGGUGAAUAAGAUCGUGCAGUUGGCGGUUUUUGUGCUGGCGAUAGUGUGGGACUGGCGUUGCAAUGCUGCAACAGCCGCAGUCAAGCUGUGUGGCCGCGAGCUCAGCGACUUCAUGAGCAGAGUGUGUCACGCUUAUAACAGCCCAUCCUGGGAUGUACCUACAGUGAUAGAGCAACCUGCAGCAGUUGUGCGGCGAAGAAGACGAACCGGGAUCGUAGACGAGUGCUGCGUUUUCGGCUGCACGUGGGAACAGCUCAGCUCUUAUUGUGCGAUAAGUGCCAAAUCGCCAUUAGACUCCAGUGAGGCGCACAUGAUCGCGGAUCGGUCAGCGGAGGCGGCGGUGGUGUCGCCGGCCGUUGUGGGCAAGGAGCGGGUCGCGGGCGAGGCGGCGAGCACGCGGCGCGAGGUGGGACGCAGUCGCAGCGGGUACGGGCGCGCACGGGCAAGGGGCCGCCGUUGUUGGUGCCGGCGCAAAAGGCGCUCGGGCCGACGGCGAUCCUCUCUCAUGGGUAACAUGGGGUUCAUAAGAAGUGCCGCACGCGCUGCGCCCGUCCUAGGCACAGUAUCACCCCUGCUGACGUGGGGCAGGACUCUCAACACUGACCUGCCGUCGGUCGAAAAAGACAGAUAUGCAUAUGUCGCCGUCUACACGUAAACUUGUCAACGCUGCACAGUAAGAACGACGUAAACAGCAUACUUGUACAUAUAGUGUCAGUUACGCGUUUUGGUGCACCGUUCACGUUUUCCAGUAGGUACCCUUUUUUAUACCCUUAGUACGAGUUUGCAAAUCUCGAAAUUUUUUGUGAUUUUCAUGAGUAUUAUUAUAAAGUCGAGAGUAUAAUUACUACUGUUUACCACGGAUUUUAUUAUCUAUACCAAUAAAUAAAAUUUCGAGUGUCUGUGCUUUAGAAAUAACAGCCUUUUAUUAAACUCAAAAUAUGAUUAUUUGAACGACAGCCACCCAAGAAAGUUUAACAAUAAAUUAUCUGGUUUUAACGGAACUUUUAGCGUCAAAUAGAAGUUAGUAAUAAAUUCUUAGGCACAGGACUCUGCAGGAUGCGUUCUAGAUUUCCGUGCGGGAACGAUAAAAAAACAACGAAGACACAGACGCAAGUGGCGGGCAUUUGCUAGUUGGGAAUUAUUAAAAUCAGUAAUACGCACUAUACAACACGGAUUUUUUGCAGGAACUCGACAACGAAUUUAGUUUUAGGCAACAAAUAAGAACUCGUACUGGGGGUAAUCGUCAAUAUUAGAAAAACCAAGGUUCUGUAGCGUAAUAUUAGUUUUAAUAAAUAUAAACUCUGUUCAAGUUAAAAGUGCAAACUAGGAGUACGAUGUAUUCUGUUGAUUUUAUUGUCGUUAACUGAUAAGCUUGACUGCGACCUCGCCCGAUUUUAAAGCGACGAUGCAAUCCAAGAUGCGAUGUAUUUCUUUAUAAAUUUCUUUCUGCUUUCAAAGAUCGAAGCACUUUACCCAAAAAAGGAUAUAGCAGAUAAUUGAAACUAUACCACAACUCUCAGUACAGACGGAAUGGACCUACCCACUUACUGGCUCCAUUAAAAAUAGACCCUGUUACCAUGGACUAAAGUAGAAAAUAGUUUACAUGAGCAAGCACAAGCCGACUGUGUCGAUAUUCAUACAAAUUUUAAACGAACUUAUUUUUAAUGGAACCAGUAAAUUUCUCCGGCACUUUGUCUGAACUGACCAUUAAUAUGGCAGUUUACUCAGCGCAAAAGGCUAUGGACCAUAUGUCGUUGGUCGUUGGCAAAUGUCAGUUCCUGAUUAGGGGGGAUAAAGCAAUUCAAAAUUUAGAGGAAAUCGAACCCGGAACAUGUCAAAGCGCACACUGCUGCUUCAGGAAGGUCGUCAAAAUCUUUAUCGAAUAAUUUAAGAUCAUUAGAGAUGCAGUUUUGGUAACAUAAGUACCUUCAUAGCAAUGUGUUCAAAUAUAGCUAUUUAAUAUAAUGUUAACAUACAUAUUGGUGGCAAUUCUGCUGUACACACUACACAAAUAUCUAAACUAAAUUAAAUUGAGAGGUCUAAAGCACUUCCUGACUAUUGUGAAUUUUCUACAAGCGCCAUCUAUUGGCAAUACUGUAUAUCAGUAUUUUCACCAGAUUUUCUUUCGAUUCCAUACAAAUCGUAGUUCAAUUUCAAUAUCAAAUUAUUGAGUAAAAUCCAUAAUGCAACAUUUAUAGUAAAAGAUUUAAAGUAAACUUAAUUAUAUAAUGUAACUUGCGCAUGCUGUUUGAAUGAAUACAGCCGUAUUGAAAAAUAAAUAAAUAUUUGAAUUACUAAGACCUACACACAAAUAAAAAUAAUAUAAAUAGGAUUACUGUACAACAGAAUUGGCACCACUGCAUUUCUAAACUGUUCCAAUUACAAAUAAUUGUAUUACCAUAGUGUAUUUGUGUGUUGCCCAAAAAUUUUCGUAACCUUUCUUUAUAAAUAUUAGGUUAUUACAAUUAUUAGUUCUUAAAAUAUAAAUUAUGCAUUCCAAAUUACAGUGUCGAUUGAAAUUGUACGCAAGUGGUAUUAGGGUGCAUUCAAAUAAGCUUCCGUAAGCCGCAUGGCAGCAGGACGGCUGUGGAAUUAAACGCACGUAGUCGUUGAACAGUAUUUAUUAAGGGUGAUAAAUAAUAAUUAACAUUCCGAGAUAGGUUUUUAUUCAUUGCGCUCUUCCGAUAUUUUUAGGAGUACCUAUAUCUUUUAAUCCCGAUCAAUUACUGUUUUUCAUUUUUGUAGUUCUUGCCAAAAUUCAAUAAACAUUUACUCAAUCAAAACAUUUCAAUCAACUAAUGUACAAAAAUUCUAAAAAUUUUGUCAUUUUUAGUAAAUAUUAUGUCAUAAGUUAAUUAAAGCCUCAGCGUUAAUGUUAAACUUCACCCAAUUCUUUCAUCUUUUGGCAUACAAAGCCAUAUUGACAAAGCCGUGCGGCAAGCCAAGCAGCUAAUUUAAAUGCACACUUAUAAUAUUGAAACAAAAUAUUACUAUGUACCUUCUCAGUACCAGAUGCAGAUUUUGAUUUAACUAAAAUUAUAUUAAAUAACAUUAUUGCUAUGUUAUAAUAUUGUCCAUAAUAAGAACUGAGCACCAUAAUAGAUGUAUUUUAAAAUUAUGACCAUUUUAUUUUCUAAGGUUUAUGUAACUAAAUCAUCUACCAUAUAAGGUUAAAAGAUCUCUAAAGCAUCUGUGAUAAUUGCAAUCAAUAAAAAUAAAUGUUUAAUUUAUAAACUGUAGGUGUAUCAAGUUAGAUUAAAGUAUUUCUUUGUCGUGUUUGUAAUUUGUGUAUGUGUUUGUAGUAGAAAAUACUAUAUUGAUGUUUUAAGGAUAAAGUGACUGAUUAAAUGGACGCUGUAUUCUA